AUGGAGGAGCAGAACUCAUGGCUUAGGACCAAGUUCUCCCAUACUGUCUACACUAGAGUGGAUCCUCGAAGAGUAGCUGUCGCUCCGGUUAGCAAAGAUGCGGUGCUACCUUUUGCUCCACUUAGCAAGGAUGUUGAGCGGAAACUGCAGAAAUUUGUCAAUAUGAAGAAGUCUGUAUCGAUGCCCGUUGAUCGGGAUGAUGAAGAUACAGGAACUGCAUUCAAGCACUGCGCUAGCUUGCCGCUAGUCCGAUCCCGGCUUCAGCUUGAUAGGGACAAGGUCAACAAGCCCAAGAGGGCGAGCCUGGAGAUUCCUUCAAGCCCCCCGAUGAACUCAGAGAGUUGCAAGACUCCAAAAGCAAGGAGCCUGGUCAAGAGCCCGAGUUCAAUGAUGCUCCUAAGUUACUUGAACAAGGCACCCUCAAAUCAAGGCUAUAGUCCGCAAAAGGCUUAUGGACCUCGGCCCAAACCAAGAUCAAAGUCCCCCCUUCCUAGUAUUGUGCCUUCUGGAGUGUUCAAGGAAGCAAAGUCUAGCAGCCAGAGGUUUGCAAGCCCUCCUCCACAGCGAAGAGGAUCUGAAAAGAGUAUAUAUGGCAAAUCAUUUGGUAGGCAGGUCUCUGAUAUGGGUCAAAGUCCUGAUUGGUGCUCAACUUCAGUGGUAUCUGGUAAGCACAAGUCUGGUAAGCACAAGUCUCAAAAGGACAAUGCUUGGACAAGGAAAUACAGUGGUGGAAGGAGGGUUAGUGCAGUGAAUCCUGCUGAUGAUCGAAGGGCACAGAUGAUUAGAAUGAACCAGGCGGUGCAGACGACAAUUGAUUGGACCCUUGUUCCAUCCAAGCUGCUCGUUGGGCACAGGUUUGCUAGUGGAGCGUAUAGCCGGCUGUACAAGGGGUUCUAUGAUGAUAAGCCAGUUGCAAUUAAAUUUAUCCGCCAACCUGAUGACGACGACAAUGGGAAGAUGGCUGCAAAGCUUGAGAAGCAGUAUAACAGUGAGAUCAAUUCAUUGUCUCACCUGUACCACAAGAAUGUGAUCAAGCUUGUAGCAGCCUAUAAAUGCCCACCAGUUUUUUAUAUUAUUACCGAGUUCCUUCCUGGAGGCUCAUUAAGGUCAUACCUAAAUAAUACAGAGAACCACCCCAUCCCUCUGGAAAAAACCAUAUCCAUUGCUCUCGAUAUUGCCCAUGGUUUGGAGUACAUACAUUCUCAAGGGAUUGUUCACCGUGACAUUAAGCCCGAGAACAUUCUCUUUGACGAGGACUUCUGUGUGAAGAUUGCUGAUUUUGGUAUUGCCUGUGAGGAGACUUUAUGUGAUGUGCUUGUGGAGGAUGAAGGCACUUAUAGGUGGAUGGCACCUGAGAUGAUCAAGCAAAAGGCAUACAACCGAAAGGUGGAUGUCUACAGCUUCGGACUGCUCAUGUGGGAAAUGGUAUCUGGGAGAAUUCCUUACGAGAACCUGACCCCUUUCCAGGUGGCUUACGCAGUAGCCAACAGGAACUUGAGGCCAACAAUUUCUCCAGAAUGUCCAUCGUCCCUCAGACCACUGAUUGAGCAGUGCUGCGCCUUGCAGCCUGACAAGAGGCCCGACUUCUGGCAGAUUGUGAAAGUCCUGGAACAGUUCCACUCCAUUCUCUCACAGGGUGGCUGCCUCGACACACCAAAGAGUGGCACCUGCCAGGACCCCAAGAAGCGGCUCAUGCAGUGGAUUCAGAAACUGAAACCGACGCAUAGCACCUGA